CAUCGGCGCAAAGUUUUGCCCAGCAGGUGGUGCUAUUGGCUUACUGAAGUAUUCUUAACUAGAGUAUUUUCAAAUUAAAAGUACAUUAAAAUUUAAUAAACACUAUUUAGAAAACAUGGCAAAACAUCAUCCAGAUUUGAUAUUUUGUAGGAAACAGGCUGGUGUUGCCAUUGGACGUCUUUGUGAAAAAUGUGAUGGGAAGUGUGUCAUCUGCGACUCCUACGUGAGACCCUGCACCUUGGUUCGGAUAUGUGAUGAAUGUAACUAUGGUUCUUACCAAGGUAGAUGUGUAAUCUGUGGUGGGCCCGGGGUAUCGGAUGCUUACUACUGUAAGGAAUGUACGAUACAGGAGAAAGAUCGUGAUGGGUGUCCAAAAAUUGUGAAUCUGGGUAGCUCAAAGACAGACUUGUUCUACGAACGGAAAAAAUAUGGCUUUAAAAAGAGGUAGCGAUGACGUACGACCACCUGAAGAUGUCAAUUUUAUAGGUGGUCAUUAUAAAACUUGUGUAUAUCUCUUGGAUUUUUUCUGAGUUUUCAAGUGUAUUUUAAAAAAUAAACAGGAGAAACAGUUGAAA